AUGAACAACGUUUCCAACAGCGAUUCCUCCAUUGACAUGGCGAUCCGCUGCAACUCUUGUCAAGAUGUGUGCCUCCCUCACCAUGUUGGCACUUGCAAGAAGUGCUACGAUGAAGUCCGCGAGGCUAUGGAAGAGCUCAUGGAGGAGAACAAUGUCCUUAAGGCCAAAGUUGAUUUCCUUCGGUUAUCGUCUUCUCUGGAUCAUGGCAGUAGCUCCAGGUCAUUCCCUGACGUUGUUCUCUUUGCUGAUUCUGUGGACGGCGUAAGUCGUUCAAGAGUCUUCAAAGCAAUGCUUGAGAAUGAGAUGGAAGAAUCUUAUACUGGCAUAGUAAGGAUCAGUGACGUCUCUUAUGAUGUGCUUCGGACGUUUGUCAGUUUUCUCUACACUGCUGAAGUAUGUCUUGAUGAUUAUUUGGCUUGCCAGCUUUUGGUAAUGUCAGAUAAAUUCGAAGUUAAACACCUCAACGAUUGCUGCGAGAAGUAUUUGGUGACCAAGCUGACUCCAGAAAAUUCUUUCAUGGCGUAUGUCUUUGCACAUCAGCACAACGCAAAACAGUUGUCUGAUGCUGCAUUGACUCAUAUCAUAGAUAAUAUGGAUAUGGUCAUUAAAACGGAGGAAUAUAUGGAGAUCAAGAAAAGAGAUCCACAUUUUGUCCUUGACAUUUACGAUGCCUAUACCUUAAAACAGGUGAAAAAUGCAGCAAGGGCACAAAAUUAUUUUUCAGAAGAAUCUACGAGCUCAAGUAGACCACCAACAGAAACAAAUUUUCAAUGCUGGCUUACUGGAGACCGGUUCCUCCAACUCUUGCGAAAGGAGCUUUGA